AUUCAUCUGAUUCUGCUAAAUUUUGCCGUUUAAGUUUAGCAGCUACUUGGGAACUUGAGAAGGGGCUGAUCGAUGGCUAACGAACAACUGAAGGUGCUCAAUGCCCUUGAUUCAGCCAAAACACAAUGGUACCAUUUCACGGCAAUUGUCAUCGCCGGCAUGGGCUUCUUCACCGAUGCAUAUGACCUCUUCUGCAUCUCCCUUGUGACGUCGCUCCUCGGCCGCCUGUACUACACCGAGCCGGGCUCGGACACCCCGGGCACUCUGCCUUCCAACGUGUCGUCGGCGGUCAACGGUGUUGCCUUGAGUGGGACCCUUGCAGGCCAGAUCUUCUUUGGAUGGUUGGGUGACAAGAUGGGCCGGAAGAGGGUCUACGGCGUGACCCUCAUGCUCAUGGUCUUCUGUUCGAUUGCCUCGGGGCUCUCCUUCGGUAAGGAAGCGAAAGGGGUGAUAGCCACCCUUUGCUUCUUCAGGUUCUGGCUUGGAUUCGGCAUUGGUGGGGACUACCCGCUUUCCGCCACCAUCAUGUCAGAGUAUGCGAACAAGAAGACUCGUGGGGCCUUCAUCGCCGCUGUCUUCGCAAUGCAGGGCUUCGGGAUUUUGGCUGGCGGGACAGUCUCUAUAAUUGUCUCCUCGUCCUUCAAGGCUAGAUAUCCCGCUCCAGCCUAUGAAGUCAAUCCGGGCCUCUCUACCGUCCCCGAAGCGGACUAUGUAUGGCGGAUAAUUUUGAUGUUUGGUGCGGUUCCGGCGGCUCUCACAUAUUACUGGCGGAUGAAAAUGCCCGAAACAGCUCGUUACACUGCUCUAGUGGCCAAGAACGCCCAACAAGCCGCAGCCGACAUGUCGAGGGUUCUCCAAGUUGAUUUGGAGGCAGAGCCGGAGAAAGUCGAGCCAAGGGUGCAAGGGAAUGACUUUGGCUUGUUCUCAAAGCAGUUCGUCCGGCGUCACGGGCUCCACUUGCUUGGUACUACAAGCACCUGGUUCCUCCUGGACAUUGCCUUCUAUAGCCAGAACCUUUUCCAGAAAGACAUCUACACAGCCGUCGGUUGGAUUCCGGAGGCGAAAACCAUGAAUGCCAUAGAAGAGGUGUACCGGAUUGGGCGUGCGCAGACCCUGAUCGCUCUCUGCAGCACAGUCCCAGGGUACUGGUUCACGGUGGCGUUCAUCGACAGGAUCGGAAGGUUCGCAAUCCAAUUGAUGGGCUUCUUCUUCAUGACAGUGUUCAUGUUCGCUUUGGCCAUCCCUUACCACCACUGGACCUUGCGAGACAAUCGAAUCGGGUUCGUGAUCAUGUACUCACUCACCUUCUUCUUCGCAAACUUCGGCCCUAACGCCACCACAUUCGUCAUCCCCGCCGAGAUCUUCCCGGCGCGGGUCAGGUCAACGUGUCAUGGUAUAUCUGCUGCGGCUGGCAAAGCCGGGUCCUUGCUGGGUACAUUCGGUUUUGUGUAUGCAGUAGAUGGGAUCGGCAUUAGGAAGACAUUGAUGAUACUCGGCGUGACCAACUUCUUUGGGGUGGUCUUCACCUUCUUGGUGCCAGAGGCAAAAGGCCUUUCGCUCGAGGAAAUUUCUGGAGAGAAUGAAGAAGAAGAUGCAGCUGAGUUGGGGACUGUUCCUGUUUGAAUAGGCCUCAUGGUCUAAACAUAUGAUCUUUCUAGCAGACUUUUAUUAAUGUAAGUUAGCUUCAGUACAAAAUGACAAG